CCGAGGAGCAGCGCUUGCUGUCAUCUCUUCCUCUGCACUUCACCACCUGCAGCUCUCAUCACCCAGCUUUGGAUGAAGGGCAGAGAAGAAAACCUCUUUUACAACUAUGUACUCCAGGUUCUGGCUUGUCCUUUCUCUUGUCCACAGCACCUGGCAGCUGGCAGACAGGGAAACAUUUUUAAUAUACAACACAUUCCACAAGCUCUGCCUGCAGGCAUCCGUCACUGGGGCAGUCAGAACUGCCACUUGCCAUCAGGACAACGAAGCACAACAAUUCAGGUGGAUCACUGACCAUCAGCUUAUGAACGUGUGGCUGAACCUGUGCCUAGGGGUGCCAGCAAAGCAGGACCAGGCUGUGACCAGCCUGGCCCCGUGUAGCCCAAGCAGUGAGCUGCAGUGGUGGGAAUGCAGGAAUGAAAGCCUUCUGGCAAUCCAAGGAGAAGACUUGUUUUUGGGGCCUGGCAGAGAAGAGCAUGAUCAAGUUUUGUUAAGUGAGGGGUUAAGUGUGAAGAAGAACUGGAAGAUCUACGGGCCCACGGGUGGAUUAUGUUCCCAGGGAUAUGAAGAGACCUUCACGCUGCUGGGCAAUGCUUUCGGGGCCCCCUGCGUGUUCCCCUUCCUGUACCAGGGGCGGUGGCUGGCGACGUGCACGGCUGGGGGCCCGGGGGCCGGCCGCCGCUGGUGCGCCACCACCCCCGACUACGACCGCCACCAGCGCUACGGCCUCUGCCCACACACAGACAUAGACAGCACCUGGACUACAGAUCCAGCAACAAAUACCCACUACCAAAUCAACUCUGAAGCAGCUCUCACGUGGCACCAAGCCAGGAAGAGCUGCAGGCAGCAAGGUGCAGAACUGUUGAGUGUCACAGACAUCCAUGAACAGAUACUCCUGAAAGAGCUGACAGAAGACACAGACUCUGCCCUGUGGAUGGGGCUCAACAGGCUAGACUUGAGGAGUGGCUGGGAGUGGAUUGGAGGCAGCCCUCUGCGGUACUUGAACUGGGCUCCAGGAAGUCCCUCACCAGAAUCUGGAAAACUCUGUGGAGUUUUGAAUCCUGAAACGAAAGGCCAAUGGCAGAACUGGGAAUGUGAUCAGAAGCUUGGUUACAUCUGUAAGAAGAGAAACUUUCCCUUGGCUCCCUCAGGUGACACUGGGGCUGUGACUUGCCCAGAUGGAUGGGUACCAUACACAGAGCACUGUUACAAGAUCUUCAGGGAGAACAAAGGAUGGGAAGAAGCUCUGAGCUCUUGUCAGAGGGAGAGGAGUCACCUGGCCAGCAUUCAGAGCCUUGAGGAGCACAGCUUUAUCGUGUCUCGCCUUGGGUACAAGCCUACAGACAAGCUGUGGAUUGGGCUGCACGAUCAGAGGGUCCCAAUGUACUUUGAAUGGAGCGAUGGCAGCCCUGUGACCUACACCAAGUGGCAGCUGGGAGAGCCAUCCAGCACACAGAGCAGGCCAGAAGGCUGUGUGCUCCUCAGGGGCAAGGAUGGCUACUGGGCAGACCAUGGCUGUGAGCAAAAAGCUGGCUACAUCUGUAAGAAAGGACCUGCAGCAGAAAUGGCUGGGGAAAAGGAAACCUCUGAGGAAGGCUGCAAAAAAGGCUGGAGCAGGUACAGCACCUACUGCUAUUUCAUUGGACAUGAUUCAGCAAGGUUUGCAGAAGCACAAGCCACUUGCCAAGGAGAAGAAGGUCACUUAGCCACGGUUGAAAGCAGGUAUGAACAAGCUUACCUGACCAGCCUGGUUGGGCUGAGGCCUGACAAAUAUUUCUGGCUUGGUUUGUCUGACACAGAGGAACAAGGCACUUUCAAGUGGGCCAGUGGAGAAGCUGUCUCCUUCACACACUGGGAUGCAGCAAUGCCUGGGAAUAACCCAGGAUGUGUAGCCAUGAGAACUGGGACUGCAGCUGGGUUGUGGCAUGUUCUGGACUGUGAGACAAAGCAAAAGUACAUCUGCAAACAGUGGGCAAAGAGUGCAACAGCUCCUCCUCUUCCAGCUACUGCUCCUGCCCCUACGUGCCCUGAGGGCUGGAGCUCAAACCACCACAGCAGCUCCUGCUUGAAAAUUUUUUGCAGGUCGGCCACGAGAAGGAAAUCCUGGCUCGAAGCUCGGGACUUCUGUCGGCACAUGGGAGGGGAUCUGGCCACCACCAACAGCAAAGAGGAGGCACUGGUACUGAAGCAAGCAAUGCAGGAUGGUCACUGUAAAUAUGAAAUAGCUUGGCUGGGUCUGUAUUCCCUGAAUCCAGAGGAAGGAUUUGCCUGGAGUGAUGGCUCUCCAGUGAAGUACAUCAGCUGGGAAGACAGCCCCAGAAGUUCAGGGGGAGGCAAGUCCUGUGGUGCCUACAAGCACAGCUGGGAUUAUGUUCAGCGAUGGUCCUUCUCGCUCUGUGAAGCACAGCUCAGCUGGGUCUGCCAGGUGAAAAAAGGAGUGCCAUUAAGACCUGAACCACCUGACACAUAUGUGUACGAAACCACAGCGGAUGGCUGGGUGAUAUAUGAGGACAAGCUGUAUUACAUCAGCAGGGAAUCUGUCCCCAUGGACAAAGCCCAAGAGUUCUGCAGGAGCAAUUCUGCUGACCUGGCUGUUGUGAGCAGUAACAGUGAGAGAAGGUUCCUGCAGAGAGCACUCAAAGAAAGUAGCUCCUGGGGUCAGAGAAGAGGAUACUUUAUUGGUCUGCAAGUGAGUCUGGAUAAAAAGUUUAGCUGGACAGAUGGGACUCCAGUGACCUAUGUGGCCUGGGCUCCCAAUCAGCCCAACUUUGCCAACAAUGAGGAAAACUGUGUGGUGAUGUUUGCAGAGGAAGGCCUGUGGCAUGAUUUAAACUGUGGGGUCCCCAAUCGAUUCAUCUGUGAAAAACACAACAGCUCUGUUAACUCAACCUUUGCUUCCCCACUGCCUACUGGAGGAUGCCCAGACAGCUGGGGUUUCUUUAACUACAAGUGUUUCAAAGUAUUUGCUUCCAAUGCCACCAGCAGGCUCCCCUGGCAUGCUGCACGAGAUGCCUGUACCCAGCUGGGAGGCAACCUGGCCAGCAUUCCAAACCAGCAAGUGCAAGCUUUCCUGCUCUAUCACUUAAAGGCGGCCACGACUGAUGUGUGGAUUGGGAUGAAUGACAUCAACAGGGAGCUGACAUUUCUCUGGACAGAUGGCAGCAGUGUUUCCUACACCAACUGGGCUCCUGGUGCCCCAGAGAAGAAACAAAGCUACUUUAACCAUUAUGACUUGGAAAUGCUGACUGACUUCAGUAUAGAGACAGAUUGUGUCUCCAUGGUGAGGUCUGAUGGGAGGUGGAGGGAUCAGAGCUGUGACAACGAGGCAGGCUACAUAUGCCAGCUGGAGCCAGCUGCCACACAGACUUCAGCACAAACAACACACACACCCUCUGGCUUUGCCCCUUAUGGUGACAGCAGCUACUUGAUCAUCUCAGCUGAAAUGCAAUGGGAAGAGGCCAGGAAAAGCUGCCAAGAGAGAGGUGCAGACCUUGCCAGCAUUCAGGAUGCCCACAGCCACUCAUUCCUCUGGAUCCAGGUGUUGAAGUAUGGAAAACCAGCAUGGAUUGGUCUUAACAGCAACAUGACUGGCAGCUACUCCAAAUGGACUGACCACUGGAAAACCAGGUACACAAGAUGGGCAGCAGGAGAGCCAAGGGAGAACAGUGCUUGUGUCUACCUGGGCCUGGAUGAUGCCUGGAGAACAGCACCCUGCAAUGAAAGCUACUUUGCAGCCUGUAAGAAAUCAGAUGCUGUAGCUCCUACUGACCCUGCACAGCUGCCUGGAGACUGCCCUGAAGCAGAGGACCUGCGAGCUUGGAUCCCUCACCGUGGCCACUGCUACUACCUGGAGGCAUCAGCGGGGACCAGCUGGGGUCUGGCCUCGCUGGAGUGCACUCGCUUAGGUGCUACCUUGGUGUCAAUAGAAAGCAUUGAUGAAUCUGACUUUCUGAUCCAUGCCAUCCAUCCCCUGGGAAACAAAGUAGGAGGCUUCUGGAUAGGACUGUACCAAAAUGUGGAUGGCCAGUGGCUGUGGCUAGAUAAUGCUUCACUGGCCUUUGUCAACUGGAAGGAGAAAGAGUCCAGUGGGCUGCAUGGCUGUGUGGAGAUGACUGCAGCAGCUGGUUCCUGGGAUGACAUCAACUGCUCCUCUCAGAAAGGAUUUAUCUGCAAAAAACCCAAAGCUGAGCCAAGUGGGAGCCCUCUGCAGCACCAAGGGAAGGGGCAGCACGGAGAGACUCCCCCAGCUGUUCACCUCUCUGUCUGGCCUCUCCUUGCCUUGGCUCUUGUCACCCUGCUGGGGGCUGCCCUCGCAGGCUAUUUCUACCAGAGAAAAAGACAGCACCAACCAUCAGCACAUCCUGGCCAUGAAACACUUCUCUGAUGAUGUGCUGGUGGCUGAAGGACUGCUGGGGAUGGGGCCUGUGACCUGUGCCUACUCGGAGGAGGAGGUGUGCUGACAUUAAAGGCUGUAUCUGUUGAAGUUCCCCAGUGUGGC